GUUCGCUACAGAUUGAACCAUGACUGGUUUGCCUAUAAUAGUGCCCUCUAUGUAAUGGAAGAUUUUGGAGGUACUUGGGAUAAAGUGAAAAGCAUGUGUAAGAAGGAAAAAGCUGAACUGGUAAAGAUUGAAGAUGAAGCCGAACAGACUUUUCUAUACCAACAAAUUAAAGGAAGACAUACUGCUUACUGGCUUGGCCUCCGUGCAGAAGAUAGAACAUGGAAAUGGGAUAUUGAUGGCACCGAACCGCCAAUCAAAUAUUGGCUAGAAGAUCAUCCACCCUACGAUGUAGCCAAACCAAGCUGUGCGCUGAUGGCGACAAAUUGCCCAAGUGGCAAGCAAUGUUGGAUGGCUGCUACAUGCGGUAGAAUAGGAAGAGUGCUUUGUAAGAUGAAGCCUCAGGAAAAGUGGAUGAAAUGAGUGUAAGACAUAAGACAAAUGGAACUCUGUUCCAUGAUUGUUGUGAAGGAAACGGGGACACCAUCCAGCUUAUUAAAUACAGAAGCCACAGUCAAUUCACCAGGUUAUCCAAUUCAUACAUGAAACAGCAUAAUCUCGCUGACACCGUUAUUCCAAAAUUCCUUGGCAAUCCUACUUCUCCAAGAAUGGAUUUGGCAAACUGACUUAGAUGGCUAUAACAAUAAAGUUU